AUACCUAACUUCACAUAAAAAGGCAUACGCAACACGCGAAUUAUAACAACGUGCACUUUCUCUGAUAUUUUUAUAAAUAUUCUUCUUUAUUAUUGAACAUGCUUCUUUUUCGCAUUUGUUUUCAAUAUAAUUGUAUGAGAAUAAUCAUGAUGUUUAUGAUUUAUAAAUUUACAUCAUAAAAAUAAUGAGAUUAGUGUUGAUUGCUCUAUAUGGAUAUAUCUGAUACACGUAUAUGAUAUGUGUUUUUAUUGAUGUUAAUUCGUAGUUACAAGAGAUAAAUCCUGGAACUUUUCAAUGUGAAUUGCGCUAUCAAAAUAUUCAAGAAUAAAAUAAAUCAUUAAAUACCAAAAAUGACGUUACAAAGGGUAAAAUUUACAAAGCUGAAAACAGCAAUGGACUCAACAUUUUGGGCAAAAUUUACAGAAUUGAAAAUAGACAAAUUGAAAUUAGAUGAGAAGUCCAAAAUACAUUUAUGGGGAAGUUUCUCUCUUCAAUCAAUGAAUGAAGGAAGAACUAAUCCAUUAACACUUGAUUGUACAUCAUUUAAUGAAGAUUUGGAUACAACUUCUCAUAAUACGGGAGUAGCUUGCUAUGGUUAUAUGAUUAAUACAAAUACAUAUGAAGCAUUUAAACAGAUAAAUCAUCAGAAGUUUAUUGAUACUAUGGGCAAAUGUAUCAUUGAUAGUAUUAUAGAUGGCUCAGCUUUGCAAGAAUCUUGGCUGCUCUCGAUAUUUUCUGUGUUUGCAUAUUCAGAUCUGAAAAAGUAUCGAUUUUAUUAUUGGGCUGCACAUCCGACUCCUUUUACAUUGCCAGAAAUUUAUUUAGUUGAACCACCAAAAUCAUCUGACACCGAAUUUACAACUAAUCAAAUAGAUAAAUUACAAACAAACUUUCUUCAUUUGGAUGCAAAAUCAAGAAAUUUUUUCACAAUUUUUGUAUCUGGAAAGGAUGAUUUAAACGUUGAUAAUUUAUCGAAAGGAGUGGAACAUGUAAAAUUAAACAUUAAUAGCAAUGGAGAUUCUAAACAGGUGGAAAAUAAAGUGUACUUUGCAUUUUAUGAUCCUUGUGCAAGUGCAGAACCUGGAUGGCCCUUGCGAAACCUUUUGUGCCUAUUACUGUGGCAUUGCCCUACAUAUUGUUCAAAACACAACAUCAAAGUCUUAUCUAUAAGGAAUGAUAAAAUGCAAACUGCAGUUAUAUUUACACUUAAAAUCAAAGAAGAUAGAGAUGUGGAAAGUAUAAGGAAAGCUAUUUCUGAAGAUCAUUUAGUAGGUUGGGAAGCUAACGUCAAUGGAAAAAUGGGUCCUAAUAUCGCGGAUUUAUCUAAUACCAUGAAUCCUAUCAAAUUAUUGGACGAAGCAAUUAAUUUAAAUUUGAAACUGAUGAAAUGGCGUCUUGUACCUGAUCUAGAUUUGGAGAAGAUUAGUGGUCUACGAUGCCUUCUGUUGGGUGCUGGUACAUUAGGAUGUUCUGUAGCGAGAGCACUCCUUGGCUGGGGUAUUAAUAAUAUAACACUUGUAGAUUAUUCUAAUGUUUCUCACAGUAAUACAGUGCGCCAGAGUCUAUAUACACACGAAGAUGCGGUAAAACGUCGAUACAAAGCGCAUGCUGCGAAAGAUGCUUUGCUCAGAAUAUGUCCCAACAUGAAUGUGGAAGGUGUGGUUUUGUAUAUUCCUAUGCCUGGUCACGUUGUUGGUCAAAGCAUGAUGGAAACAACGAAGGAAGCUAUGAGCAAAUUGCAAGAACUCGUAAGCAAUCACGAUGUGGUGUUCUUGUUAUUGGAUUCGCGCGAAGCCAGAUGGCUACCAACCCUGUUGUGUGCCGCAAUGAAUAAAAUAGCUAUUAACGCUGCUUUAGGCUUUGAUUCGUAUACAGUACAACGGCACGGUACGCGUAAUCUUUCGGAUUUUGUUGUACCUAAUCUAAUGGUACAGAAUCCUGCAGGAGAAGAUCUUGGGUGUUAUUUUUGUAAUGAUGUAACCCAACCCGGAAACUCACAAAUGGACAGAACACUCGAUCAACAAUGUACCGUCAGUCGGCCGGGUUUAUCGCAAAUCGCCGCAGGUUUAGCAGUUGAAUUACUUGCGGCAAUAAUGCAACAUCCGCAAAAAAUUUCAGCUAGAGCGCUUAUGAAUAAAGAUAGCGAUGAUUGUCAAGCAAACAUAGAUGAUCCAUUAAUAGGAUUAUUAGGUGGUAUACCUCACACAAUACGGGGUUCACUUUGGAGCCACGAAAUGAAACUGACGAUUACACACAGAUUUCCAUUUUGUACGGCUUGUUCUGUACCUUUGAUUAAAGAGUAUUGCCAACGUGGUUUUGCUUUCGUACUCGAUGCUUGCAAUGUACCAAAUUAUCUCGAAAAAUUAUCAGGACUUGAAGAAAUACUGAAAAGACCAGACUUGGAUGAGUUAUGUUUUACAAUCGACACUUCAAGCGAAGAUGAGGAGGAAUUAAAAACUGCAGUUUAAACAAUGUAAGUAAUGGGAAAAUUCACAUAAAAAUACGAGUUUUAGAUGUAAACUAUUUGCACUGUUUAUACAUAAAACUGAUAUAUGACAUUUAUAUAUACUUGCAAAAAAUGUAAAGAAAGAAACAUCCGAAGGAUUUAAUCAAAGUAACACAUAUUCUGUAAGCUCAAAAGCUUUAAACACAAAAAUUUGUUAAUACAUAAGAAAGAUAUAUUGUGAACAAAGAAAAUCUUUCUGUUUUUUCAGCUUUGCAUUUAACUUAUAGUUAAUACAUCAUACACAUUUGUGUGUAUACAUGUGUGUGUGAUACAUAGUUUUAUGUACAUUAUUAACAUAUUAAUUUCUUUUUUAAUUGUCUUCAUACUGUAGUUUUUAUACUGUAAGUUAUAAUGUUUAGAAAAUAUUAAGCGCAAAUUCUUCUAAUUUUAGUUUCUUUUUAAAUUUAUUUUUAUAAUUAGUUUUAUUACACAAGAGAUAUUUAUUUCAAUAUGAAGGAUAUAUAAAAAUUGUAUAUGUAAUGACAUAAUUCUCAGACUUGCUAAUGUGUUAAAGUUAGAAAAUAACUAUCGUAAUUUUUAAUCAUAUUGCUCGUUUUAUAAAAUAUUUCUCAUACAUUUUUUUCUUGUAUGUUUUUCUAUGUUAUAUUUUUAUGUCAGUGCUACUAAGAAGAUGUACCUGUGAGCAUUCGCUUUUGUGAAAGUGGCAUAUAUAAAGUUCAAAAAAUCUCUCAAAUAAAACUUUCUCCUUCCUUUAUUAUGCGAAC